CCUGUUUUGGCAGGGAUAACGAGGCUGCGGUGUUCUCGAGACAAACGGAGCGGUGCGAGAGAUCGGAGACGGCAACAUGGCUCGCCAUCUAUCAGAGGAACAGCUCGCAGAGUUCAAAGAGGCCUUCUCUCUCUUUGACAAGGAUGGCGACGGGGCCAUCACCACUAAGGAACUGGGCACCGUCAUGCGGUCUCUCGGGCACAACCCAACCGAGGCCGAACUGCAGAGCCUGAUAAGUGAGAUCGAUGCCAACGGCAAUGGCACCGUUGACUUCCCGGAAUUCCUGGCCCUGAUGGCCAAGAGGACGCGAGAGUCGGACAGCGAGGAGGAAAUCCGCGAGGCUUUCCGGGUGUUCGACAAGGACGGGAAUGGUUACAUCUGCGCAGCAGAGCUGAGACACGUUAUGACCAACCUCGGGGAGAAACUGACGGAUGAAGAGGUGGACGAGAUGAUCAAGGAGGCCGAUGUGGAUAAGGAUGGGAAAGUGAACUACGAAGAGUUCGUGAGGGUAAUGACGGAGAAGUAGAGGACCCUCCUA